UAAAGGAGAGAGCCCCAUCUAAGAGCAUGUGACCUCCGGCGUAACUCUGGUGCAGAAACCUCCGCUUUCCGCACUAGUUGCUUAAAGUUUGCGGUGGCCUCGCAUGCGAGGAAAGAGAGGGAGAUAAGAGAAUCGGCGUGGUGUUGGUUUGUCACAUUUGAAUCUGUUGGAUCCGGUUAGAGUGAAGGUGUAAUCAAGCCAGGCAGCGGUAAGAUCCAGAUCUAGAUCUAGAAUUCGAUCUGGAAAUGUCAGGGUCCUACGAGGAUUCAUACCCGGUUGGAGGAGCCGGAGCAGGAGGAGGAACAGGGGCAGGUUCAGGAUCAGGAUCGAUAGAGGACCUCACUGGUCGCCCCUUCGAUAAUGAUGGCUACCUGGGCUACGAUCCUCGCUUGCCUUCUCAGAGAUUCGACACCACCUUUGCCGAUGAUCACUUUGCAAACUCCGAUAAUGGCACCUUCGACGACGGGGAUCUUGUAGGUUCCACCACUCCUCCUCCUCCAAUUGUCUACGCCAACAUUUCUGAGGACGAGGACGAUCUGUUGCAGCAGCCGCAGGGCGACACUCCUCCUCCCGUGUUGUUCGGCCAGGGAUACGAAUCCCAGCCUCUAGAUUACUCGCCUCAGGCACCCUCCGCUGAGCUCAAUGGGAAGCAGACUCCCUUUGAUGUCUAUGAGUACGGCAUGCCCUCCGACGGCCCAAUUCUUCCUCCCCCCGACGAGAUGCAAGAGGAGGGUUUCAUUCUUCGCGAAUGGAGACGUCAAAAUGCAAUACAACUUGAAGAGAAGGAGAAAAUUGAGAAGGAGAUGCUUCAUCAGAUCAUUGAUGAAGCAGAUGCCUAUAAAGAGGAAUUUUAUACCAAGAGAAAGAGCCAUUGUGAAACCAACAAAACUAACAACAGAGAAAAAGAGAAGGUUUUCUUGUCUAAUCAGGAGAAAUUUCAUGCAAAUGCUGAUAAGCAGUACUGGAAGGCAGUUGCAGAACUCAUUCCUUAUGAAUUGCCAACUAUUGAGACAAAACGUGGUGGCAAAGACAGAGACAAGAAGAAACCAACUGUAGUUAUCAAUCAGGGGCCAAAACCUGGAAAGCCAACUGAUCUCUCUCGGAUGCGGCAAAUCCUUUUGAAACUAAAGCACAAUCCACCUCCUCACAUGAAACCUCCACCACCACCACCAGCAACACCAGCGGCUGCUGCUAAUGGUUCUGCUCCUGCUCCUGCAUCAUCAACAGGGACAAAUCCAAGUUCAUCUUCUGGAACUGUUCCAGCCACAGUUUCUGCUACAGGAACAGUUACAGCCCCUGUUGCAUCAGCAGCACCAGUUCAGCCAAUCAUUGCUGCUUGACAUUUUCAUGAAAUUAAUGUCUGUUGCUUAGUACCAUUUAUGAAAAUGAGCAGUUGUUCUAUGCUAUGUUAAUAGUUAGAGUUUCAUUUGGUUCCUUUUUGUAAUCUCUUAGUAUUUUGGACUUAUUAAUUAGUGAGAGAAUUUAGGGUUGCGUCUACCACAGUGUCUAUUUUUACCCUGGAGAGGAGGGUAGACAAUCUGUUUGAAUAUUUUAUUAGUUACAACUUCUUAUAAUUUUGCAGUUUUUAACAAAGUGGGUAUUUCAACUUU